GAAGGACUCCGGCCCGGCCUCCCUGGGAUGGGGCGGGGAGAGCAGCUCCAGGCUCGGAGGGGGAAUGCGGGUUUCGGGAUUGCGGCUUGGGCUGUGCGACCCUGGGUCGGGGUUGUUGGCAGUUUUGGGACGUGCAUUUCUGGUCCCGAGCGGGGCAGGGAUUCGUUGACAGAGACUUCGCAUCGCCGGUUGGGGAGAUAAUGGCUUGGGCUGGGCGUCCCUGACUGGGAGGUGGGGUUGGCCCAGGCAGUUCAUCACUGGGUUUGGGGGCGGCUUGGGCUGCUAAUCCCCUGUCGGGGGUGGACAUUUCCGGCCCAGCACUCCUUAAUUUUCUCUUGGGAGGGGAACCGGCUUGGACCCUGAACUCCGAGUUUGGGAUUUGACAGCCGACUCCAGCGGGGGUGUUCUUGGCUAAAGAACCGAGGGACAGUAGACUGUAUAUCCCAUCUCUCGAGUAAUAAAGCUGGAGUUUUAUAUCUCAGAAUCCAUUUUGAAAAGAACUAUCGAAGAUAAUUAACCUCAUCCUUACUCUACAUGAGCCCUUCCUCUUCAGUACAUACUUCUUUCUAAGGAGUACUGCAUAAAAGAGAAAGGAAUGACUUUAGUCUAUCCUGCAAAACAGUCUCAGGAAACUGACAUGCAAAGAUGUGGCUGUGGUCUUUACUGAAGAAGAGCUGGCACUACUGGACAAGGCCCAGAUAAAUCUGUACCAAGACUUUAUGCUGGAGAACUUUAGGAACCUUGUCUCAGUGGGAGAUGGGAUUAAAAACAUUUCGAAUCUUCAGGAAAAAGGAUUGAGUUACCUCUCCCAAGAAGUGUUCUACUGCUGGCAGAUUUGGAAACAAAGGAUCAGUGAAUUAACAGAGAGUCGGGAUUGUGUCAUGAAUCAUCAAGGAGAUUGUCCCCCUUAUUUGGAAAAAGAUGUUUCCCUCUGUGAAGAGUGGGCAGGAGUGUCUCUUCAGGUUUCUGGAAAUGAAAACUAUAUAAUAAAUGCCAUUAAUUUAGAAAAUCAAGAUGUCACAGCUUGGAAAGGCCUGACACAGGUCCUUACCUCAGAAUCUUGGAGAAAAGCCAACAAAAUGACUGAGCCCUGGAAAUCUCAAGGAAAAGCUAAGAGAAUUCAUGAUGAUUCCAAGGAAAAUAAAGGAGAGGAACCUUGUAGAUGUAAUGUUUAUGGGGAAAACUUGGUUAUGAAAUCAACAGUCGAACAACAUAAUGUGGUCCAGGCAGUAACAAAAUCUUUCAAAUAUAAAAACUGUGUACUGGUCUUCUUAGAUGUUUCAGAUGCUCACAUUCACUACAGUGCUCACAUUGGAGAAAAAUCUUGUAAAUGUCACCGUUGUGGAAAGGAUUUUAGUCAGAGCUCAGAUCUUGUUGUUCAUUAUAAAACGCAUUUGGGUGAGAAACCUUAUGAAUGUCACGAGUGGGGUAAGGGCUGCAAACAGAACUCAUACCUUUCCAGAUAUCAGAAAAGCCCCUCAGUCUCAGGCAAGAUGGCGGCAUAGAGAGGAGUGGAAGCCAAGCAGUCCCCCUGGAACAACUACAAAAAACCAGAAACAACUAGUCAAUAAUCCAGAAUAACUGCGGGGGGACAAACGAGACCA